AGCAGAGGAGCGGUUUAGGAGGGGAGUGCGGCGGACAAAGGGAUCGCGGAGGGAGGAUCCCCGGGAUCCGCGCCAGAUCCUGCGCCGCCUUCUCCCGCUCCUCAUGGCUGCCUUCCAGAGCCGGGGCGGCGGGGCUUGCCGAUUGCUGCUGCUGCUUCUGGCGCUCUUGCGAGUAAUGCCUUCGGCUGCCAAUAUCCCCUGUCAGGGCCAAAGCGUCCAAGAGUGUGCCCAGCAGACCGGGAGCUGGACCAGCUUGUGGUAUGUCUGGCUUAUCAUGCUCACGGUGUUCCUGCUGCUGAUGUGUGGCAUCGGAGCCAGCUGCGUGAAGUUUUGUUGCCGCAAGAAGAGGCCCCCCGUGCAGACUUUCCCGCCGCAAGCCCAUGACCUCACUGCCAUCCCCAUGGACCACGACAGCACCGCCCACAGCACUGUCACAUCAUAUAGUUCCAUACAGUAUCCUCAGAGCAUCCCGCUUCCUCUGUCCUUCAGGGAGAUCGACAGAAGUCUUAUGAGUCCUCCAGCAUACAGUCUUUAUGCCAUAGAGUUGCCGCCAUCUUAUGAUGAGGCCAUCAAGAUGGCGAAGCCCUGCAUUGAGUCUUCAAUGACUGGCCAGGAACAAGACAAGAACGCCUCCCGGUGGGUGGCUCGGAAAGAGCCAGGCGAGCUCCAGUCGGUAGCUCCGGAAGAGCCAAACCAGCUCCAGUCGGUAGCUCCGGAAGAGCCAAACCAGCUCCAGUCGGUAGCUCCGAAAGAGCCAAACCAGCUCCAGUCGGUAGCUCCGGAAGAGCCAAACCAGCUCCAAACUUUGCCGGAGAUGUCAAGCAGCAGCCCUGAGACAGUACACCCAGGUUCACAGCUUCCAGAAGCUUCUACACAAGGACAACCAGAACUUUAG